CUUAACUUUCUCGAUGAGAAAAAUACUAUUCCUCACACCGAAACCGAAAAAGGAGAAGCCUUGUAAGAAAUGAGAGUUUCUUUUCUUGGUAUCAACGAAGACCCACUUUUUAUUUCCAAUUAUUUCGUUAGAAAUCCCUUCAAAAUAUUUCCUUUCCAGUCCAAUUUUUUCAGUUACAAAAAUCUCCUCCUCUUCAAUCAACAAACCAGCAAAUCCAAUCCAAUGGAGUCUAUUGGCCAACAAGUGGUUCUAAUCUCUGGUUGCAGUCAAGGAGGCAUAGGCUACGCGUUGGCAAAGGAAUUUGCAGCCAAUAAUUGCAUGGUUGUGGCGACAAGUAGGUCCUUGAAUUCCAUGAGAGAUCUUGAACAAGACAACAGAUUCUAUCUUCAAGAACUUGAUGUUUCAUCAGAUGAGAGCGUUCAACAUGUGAUGUCUAAUGUUCUUGAGAAGUAUGGGAGAGUUGAUGUUUUGGUGAAUAAUGCUGGAUUUCUGUGCGUUGGCCCUCUUGCUGAAAUCCCUUUAUCUGCUAUGCAGAGCACUUUUAAUACCAACGUCUAUGGUCCCAUGAGGCUUAUUCAAGCUGCUGUUCCUCACAUGGCAUCGAGGAAAAGGGGAAAAAUCGUAAAUGUUGGAAGUGUUACUGUCUUGGCUCCCACCCCUUGGUCUGGUGUUUACACUGCAACCAAAGCUGCUCUUCAUUCGCUGACAGACACCUUGAGGUUGGAACUGAAGCCAUUAGGUAUUGAUGUUAUCAAUGUUGUUCCAGGAGCUAUUAAAUCAAACAUAGGAAAUUCUGCUUUGGCCGUCUACAACCAGAUGCCUGAGUGGAAGUUAUACAAGCAAUUUGAACCACAAAUCAAGGAGAGGGCAUAUCUUUCACAAGGAAUCAAGUCCACCCCUGCAGAAGAGUUUGCAAAGAACACUGUCGCUGCCAUUCUAAAGGAAAAUCCACCCUCAUGGUUCUCUUCAGGUCGUUACUCUACUGUUAUGUCAAUCAUGUAUCAUCUGCCACUUUGUGUCAAGGAUUUUAUCACUCGGCUGAAGUUUAAAAUUUGAAAUCCACCCUUAUGGUUCUCAAAAGUUUACAUGCUGAGCCCUGGAGGUUUAGCUGAAGGCAAGUCCUUUUUAUUCAAAAACCCCACUUUUUAACGUACAGUUACUUCUGUCGUUCUGUCAUAGCCUAAAAUUCUUCAUAUGCAGGUAUAUUAUUGUAAGCUUUUUAACCCUAAUAACCGCCUAGGCAAUAGUAGUAGUCUUAGCUUAGAGCAACAUAGAGAAAUAAUGUUUGCCAUUCGUGAUUUUGAAUUCUUUUGUUGAACAAUUAUCAUUAUUAAUUGGAAUCUUUGGUAUUGAGGUUUUCCCUUGUUUU